UUUUUGCAAGUUUGGAUGUUUUAUUAUCAAUUAUUACAAACAAACGUACAAGUGGUGUGCGGUGCAAAAGCGCAAAUUUUCCCCCGCAAAAACGAAAACGCUCGCGAAUUGUGCGGUUUUGAAAAUAUACGAUAAAUAAAUCACUUAAUUAGCGUUCCGCGCCGAUUGUGAUCGGUUACCGUCGGUGUGGAAGUGAAGUGUGCUUUUUUCGGGGAAUUCCACUACUAACGUGUGUAGAGUUUCAUUGCCAUUUUUUUCACUCAACAAAUCCCCAAAUGCAAAAUGUCUCCAUUGUUGUGACACUCUUCUCACCGAAUGACGUUCAAGGUGUCCAAAUUUUGAAACCGCCGCCUGUCAAAGUUCGCGGGACGUAGGUUAACGCCCUACACAAUGCUGCAGAAAUGACGAGUGUCAAGUGUCAAACAGAAUAACCACAAAUCUACGGCCGAAAUAGGUAAUCAUCACUCGACAACGACGACGCCCCCUUGCCUAAAAAACCCCGGUGUUAUAAAAUGAUUUGAAAGCGGAAUAUCGACAAGAAAAAAAAUCAGUGACCAACCCCUUGUCUUGUGUUGUGUUGUCAACCCCAAAACCACGUGAGUGUGUCACCACCGUCUCUGAUCUCAAAACGAAAGCCCUCAUCCUUCUAGUUAGAAGUGAGCCUCCUUUGUGUAUAAAAAUCCUGGCAAGAAGCAGAAUGUGCUAAUAGAUAUCACAUAAUCGCUUCUACGCGGAUCACCCCCAAUUUCAAAAUAAAAAGCGAAAUCCAACGUCAAAACUGUCAAACCGGACAAUAAUCAACGAAGCGAAAAGGAGCGAGUGAGCGACAUAACCCCGGAACAAAGAACAUCAACCAUCGCCAAUCUCAGACAACGAAUCGGAAACUCAUCGAACCAACGAACGCGCUGAACACCAAUCAAUAUCGGAAGAGGGUCAAUUGAUCUGUGCAGUAUAUUAGUAGAACAUCAACCGUCAAUAGAAGGAAGAGGAGCGGAACACUCAAACAAAAUUCAAAACAAAAUGAUGGAUCGGAUACCGUCGCUGUCGAUUCCGGGCUUAUCGCUGUCCCAUCCGCUUUCGCUUUCGUCGUCCUCGUCCCAGAACCUGGUGAAUCAAUCAUCGGCCCUGAACACGCUCAAUUUGCACUCGCAGAAUUUGCAUGCGGCGUCAUCUGUCAAUGCACUGCACAGUUCCCAGGGUGUGGGAAGUGGGAUCAGUGGUGGAGUGAUGGGAUCAACGGUUUCCGCCGCACAGGCAGCGGUGGCCAAUCUGCACCAGAACGUGGGCGGACUGCUGAACGGGGCGACCAACGGCAACAGUUCUCCCUACUAUUACAGCCUCCUCGGUCAGACCAUGAUGAAGAAACCGGCAGAGGAACACAUCAAACGGCCAAUGAACGCCUUCAUGGUUUGGUCCAGGUUGCAGCGACGGAAAAUCGCCCAGGACAACCCCAAAAUGCACAACUCGGAGAUUUCCAAACGACUUGGUGCCGAGUGGAAGUUGCUGACCGAAGACGAGAAGCGGCCAUUCAUCGACGAGGCCAAACGGUUGCGGGCGCUGCACAUGAAGGAACAUCCGGACUACAAGUACCGGCCCCGGAGGAAACCGAAACCGAUCCGGCGGGAUGGCUAUCCGUAUCCGAUGACCUAUCCGUCGGUGCCGGUGGAUGCGCUGCGAGCAGGAAUCACACCCAGCUACUUCGCACCCGGUGCACCCUAUCACUUAGGAAGCCAUUUGUCACAAACUAGUCCUCCCACGACUCAGUCUUCGAUAACAUCCCAGAUGGACGUCUCAAAGUUCGCCCUGGAUCGUAGCGCCUAUCUCAACACAGCAGCAGCCGGAGCUUUGUAUGACACCACAAAGUCUCAAACGAAUCCGUACAGCGCCUAUCUGGAUCCGACGUCGGUUCUCACGAAGGCUUAUUUCGAUUCGAAAAUGUAUCAGGAUCGGGCAACGGCUGCGGCUAAUUAUGCUUUUGACAUCUCGAAAAUCUACGGAUCUUCAGCCCAACAGCAGCAAGGAUCUUCUCAAAGUCAGCAUCAACAGCAGCAUUCCCUGCACCAUCAACAGCACCAGAUGAAUGGCGACGAACGGGAAUCGACUCCGCAGCUCAAUGACGUCAACGUAGACAUCAAACCACAGCUAGGAGAACCCGUAGACAGUUCACCCUUGCAUAGCAACAGCUACGGAGGAAACAGUCUUCUCGGAGGAGGAAACGCUGCCGGACUCUACCAGUACGCUGGAGCUGGCCAAGCGGGAGGAGCCGGAGGAGUUGGCAGUUCCGGAAGUGGAUCCGGUGCAGGCGAUUUCCGACGACCGCUCACUGUCAUAUUCUGACCAAAUUCGGAAGUCAUGAACGAUCGGGACUAUUGAAAGUAAAACAAUGAAUGGGCGCAGUUUUGCUCGCCAAGACACGCCCACUAUUGACAUCAACGAUAGGAUUAAUUAUACAUGUAGAAAAUCUUGAAUUUCGAGCACCCCUCAUAGAAACCCUUCCCGAAUUGGAAACGAGCCUUCGAUAGGACACUUUCCGUAUAACAGUUGAAAUCAAAUAACCAAACUUUCGAACCUCGAAGAAAUCAUUAUCCUUGUAGCGAAGACGCCAACCAUUUUAAAAUUAUCCAUUCAGUAGCAUACAACACAAGUUAGACCAGUGAAGCAUCUUUCGUGCAAGUGUUCUAAGGUAUGGAUUUCUCAAACCAACAAGUGUACAUUGAAAAAAUUUAAAUUAUUACUCAUAAAAUAGUUCUUUAAGCAUAAAACACCUAUUCUCAAAAACACAAUGAUUAACACAUUACCUUACCCAAGUAAGCACUCUCUCUAUAGAAAUUUGCAAUUUGUAAACAUGUUUUAACUUAAAAAUUAAACCUUAAGAAAAUUGUACGUACUCAUUCGUGAUGAAUUAAAAGCGAAUUUAUCACCAAUCAUGAAAACCAUUAUUUAGCGUAGCCUAAGGACAUCGAUCCAUUAUAUUAUUGAUAUUAAAACAAAACAAAAAUCUACGAAAAGUAUUUGAAUACAUUGUUGAAUUAUUGUAUUGGCACUUAUCGCUGAAGGAAAAAGCGAAGCUGAAAAAUUAAGAUAGCAAAAUUACAAAACAUGGAAAAAGAAGUAUCACAAAAAUUAUAAACCGUGAAUUUACUCACAUGAUGUCACAGGGAUAAAAUCAAGAAACCACACAAACGAACAUUGAUCAAUUGAUGAAUCGAAAAUAAAUUUGAAUAAAUACCGAGUUAGU